AUGUCUGAUCACGACAAGACCACGUCUUCCCCCACUCCUGUCGACAAGAGGGAAGUUGUGUACCACGUAUGCAUCUGUGAUGCAUCACCUACUGUUGUGGUUGUUGCUAUCUAA